AUGUCCGAGUAUUCCGAAGGAAUGAGGGAAGAAAUAGCAAGAAGGGGUGCAAAUCCAAUGAUUCUUCAAUGUUCCAGUCGAAGAAGAAAAAGAGUACCUUCGAGGGCAGCACUCCUCCCCUUUCUUGUAAAAGGGUGAGUUCUCUUUUUGAAAAAUCUGCUGGGGAUCUGUUCAAGUGAGUUUGUUUGAGAAGGAUUAA